CAGUUCUUUAUGAAUACCUGAUUUCUAUUGAUCUGAACAUCUCAGAUGUUGCAGUAAUAAAUCACCUGAGGACCAUUCUGAGCAACAUCAGUUAUCCCAUCAGCAUCAACAACCACAUACACAUCUCUGACGUGAAUAUGUCUACAGUUUGCUCUCUGAGCAGUGGUGGUUACCAGUGCAGAUGUGAGGAUCAGUAUCGUUGGUCAUGUGACCAGUGUUUCCUGUACGGAUCCUGUGACAACAUCACUGAUGACACAUGUGGAUGCAUCAAUGCCAUUCCGCCUGAUGGACAAUAUUGCCAGUCUGUUGAUCAGCACAACUUUACAGCUUGUCCUUUUACAACAACAGCUCCGUCACCGACAACUUCUCCAGUUCUUUAUGAAUACCUGAUUUCUAUUGAUCUGAACAUCUCAGAUGUUGCAGUAAUAAAUCACCUGAGGACCAUUCUGAGCAACAUCAGUUAUCCCAUCAGCAUCAACAACCACAUACACAUCUCUGACGUGAAUAUGUCUACAGUUUGCUCUCUGAGCAGUGGUGGUUACCAGUGCAGAUGUGAGGAUCAGUAUCGUUGGUCAUGUGACCAGUGUUUCCUGUACGGAUCCUGUGACAACAUCACUGAUGACACAUGUGGAUGCAUCAAUGCCAUUCCUCCUGAUGGACAAUAUUGCCAGUCUGUUGAUCAGCACAACUUUACAGCUUGUCCUGUUACAACACCCUCUCCAUCGCCAACCAAUUCAACAAGUAUUUAUACAACAAAACUUAACACCACAACAGCCACAACUUCACCCACAACUGUAGUGACCAAUUCAACACAUCCAAACACCACAACACCCACAAUAUCACCAACAACUGUAGUUACCAAUUCAACACCUGUUGCUACAACAGAUGUGAACACUACAACAGCUGCAACUCCAACUACAAUUAUAACAAAUUCAACAACAGUUGCUACAACAGAUGUGAAAACAACAGUUACCACAACACCAACAACAGCUGUAACAAAUUCAACACAUCCAAACACCACAACACCCACAAUAUCACCAACAACUGUAGUUACCAAUUCAACACCUGUUGCUACAACAGAUGUGAACACUACAACAGCUGCAACUCCAACUACAAUUAUAACAAAUUCAACAACAGUUGCUACAACAGAUGUGAAAACAACAGUUACCACAACACCACCAACAACUGUAACAAAUUCAACACAUCCAAACACCACAACACCCACAAUAUCACCAACAACUGUAGUUACCAAUUCAACACCUGUUGCUACAACAGAUGUGAACACUACAACAGCUGCAACUCCAACUACAAUUAUAACAAAUUCAACAACAGUUGCUACAACAGAUGUGAAAACAACAGUUACCACAACACCACCAACAACUGUAACAAAUUCAACACAUCCAAACACCACAACACCCACAAUAUCACCAACAACUGUAGUUACCAAUUCAACACCUGUUGCUACAACAGAUGUGAACACUACAACAGCUGCAACUCCAACUACAAUUAUAACAAAUUCAACAACAGUUGCUACAACAGAUGUGAAAACAACAGUUACCACAACACCACCAACAACUGUAACAAAUUCAACACAUCCAAACACCACAACACCCACAAUAUCACCAACAACUGUAGUUACCAAUUCAACACCUGUUGCUACAACAGAUGUGAACACUACAACAGCUGCAACUCCAACUACAAUUAUAACAAAUUCAACAACAGUUGCUACAACAGAUGUGAAAACAACAGUUACCACAACACCACCAACAACUGUAACAAAUUCAACACAUCCAAACACCACAACACCCACAAUAUCACCAACAACUGUAGUUACCAAUUCAACACCUGUUGCUACAACAGAUGUGAACACUACAACAGCUGCAACUCCAAUUAUAACAAAUUCAACAACAGUUACCACAACACCAACAACAACUGUAACAAAUUCAACACAUCCAAACACCACAACACCCACAAUAUCACCAACAACUGUAGUUACCAAUUCAACAACAGUUACCACAACACCACCAACAACUGUAACAAAUUCAAUACAUCCAAACACCACAACACCCACAAUAUCACCAACAACUGUAGUUACCAAUUCAACACCUGUUUCUACAACAGGUGUGAGCACUACAACAGCUGCAACUCCAACGGCAAUUAUAACAAAUUCAACAACAGUUACCACAACACCAACAACAACUGUAACAAGUUUUGAUGUGGAAAUGUCAGUCAGAUUAGACAAGGAAUACACAGCAGAAUUAAAUAAUUCAGCAAGUUCUACCUACAAGGAGCUUGAAUCAAGGAUUAAUUCAGUGUUAAAGGAGCAGUAUAAAGGAAUCACAGGGUUUAUCAAUGUUUUUGUGAGGGGAUUCAGAGAAGGAAGCAUUAUUACAAACUUUGUUGUUCAGACAACACAAGUUAAUCCGGAUGAAGUGGCCAAAGCAAAUCAAAAACUCCCAGAAGCAAUGCAGUCUAUUGCCCCUGUCAUUGGCUCAGUUACUGCAUUUUACAACAGUCCAACUUCAAUCAGCUUUCCAAACCUCACUUACACCGGUAGCCCCAUGACGUUGACGUGUGGGCCCCCUCCUGAAAACAUUAAUGUGGGACAAAUUUCUGGUUUUGAGUGGAAAUUUAAAGAACGGGGAAUUAAAGACAGUGAAAGGAUGAAAAUAACUGCUUCUAACAUGAAGUCUAUGCUUACAGUUAGCAACGUCAUCCUUCCUGAUAUUGGACGUUACAAAUGUACUCUGAGGGGCGAAGUAAUUAAUUUCUUCCAAGAAGGAGUUGUAACAGGAAAUGAAAUCAAACAAGCUCCCAUUGUGCGACUACAGAGUAAAGUUAAUGUUAAAUGCAAAGAGGGACAGAUACAACCACUUCAGUGUUGUGUGCAGUCCACCUAUAGAGUGAGGUGGUUUCGAGACGAAACUGUUUUACCCAUAGGUUUCACUGACAAUGGAGAAACCUACUGCAUCAAGCAUGAUUACCAGCUAGAAAGCUGCAGCGGAUCACAGCCAAAAGAAAUAUAUUUUAUAUGUAAGGUAGAUGAACCAAAGGGUUAUGAAAUGACAACAUUAAUGACCAUUUUCAAAGAUGGUGUUAAAUGUGACAAUGCUCCAUAUGGGACUGGACGAGCAGGUGACAUAUCAAGCAUAGGAUGUGAUAAUGGUCAAGAGGGGAGCAGGACUGCAGUCUGUCAGGAAACAGGAGAAUGGAAACUUAUGGAGGACACCUGCAUCAUAACACAAAUCAAGGAAUUAUUAAUUGAUUCACAGGACUUGGUUGUGCAGGAAGUGCCAGAAUUUGUGGCGAAUCUAAGUAAAACUGUCCAGGAAGACCAAACAGAAAUUGCAAAUUCAUCUGCAACCAUAUCAGCUAUUGUUAACAUCCUAAACACCAUUGCAAUUGUUUCCACUGUUGUCAGUGAAUCUGUCAUGCAGAAUAUACUUGAAACAGUUGAUGUCAUCAUUGGUGAUGAUGCAAAAGAGUCCUGGGCAGCUUUGAAUGCAAAUGAAACCCGCAAUGCAAGCUCAGAAUUAUUGGGUUCACUGGAGACUCUCUCUAAUGGACUGGUCGGGAAGUUUGUCAUUGCAACUCAACGGAUCCUGCUCAGCAGAACCCAAUUUAACAACUCCUUCAGGGCAGAUCUGAACUCCAGCAUUGUCAUAGACAUUCCAAACACCAACAUUAACAACGUCUUUAUCACCACCAUCACCUUCUCCACCCUCAAUAAUGUUAUGCCAGCACGGAACUCCAGCUUUGACGCCAGCCUCUUCAAUGCCACCAGCAAUGAAACUGUUAAUGAUAAUGCCAUCAAUGCUGCCGUGGUGCUAGUCCAAAUAAAUGCAACAAUUCAGAAUGUCACUCUGAGCUAUGACAAGCUAAACAACUCCCUGUCACUAAACCCACAGUGCGUCUUCUGGAACUUCACACUCUUUGAUAAUCUGGGUGCUUGGGAUGAUGAGGGGUGUGAGUUUGUUUCGGACAGAAACAACACGGUAACCUGCAGCUGCAACCAUCUCACCUCCUUCUCACUUCUGAUGGCAACAGACAUCCCUCCAGAACUGAAAGAUGCCUUGGAUAUAAUCACUUAUAUUGGAGUUGGGAUAUCUCUGGCAAGCUUAGUUAUAUGUCUUAUUAUUGAAGGAUACGUUUGGAAAGCCAUUACCAGAAAUAGCACUGCUUUCAUGCGUCAUGUUUCCAUCAUUAACACUGCCCUGUCUCUGCUGAUCGCUGACAUCUGUUUCAUCAUUGGUGCCUCUAUUGCUAAGAACCCCCUUGAAAACCCAGGAGAGGACUAUGAAGUUCCAGUUAGACCAUGCAGCACAGCAACAUUUUUUAUGCACUUUUUCUACCUUGCGCUGUUCUUUUGGAUGCUUGUGUCAGGCCUUCUGCUCUUUUACCGGACAGUCAUGGUCUUCUCCCACAUGUCGAAGUCAACCAUGUUGGCCAUUGGCUUCAGUUUGGGCUACGGGUGUCCUCUGAUUAUAGCUGUUAUUACGGUUGCUGUCACAGCACCAGGAAAUGGAUAUAUCAGGAAAUAUGAUGCUUGUUGGCUCAACUGGAUUGAGACAAAGGCCCUGCUGGCCUUGGUGAUUCCUGCCUUGACCAUAGUUUUCAUCAACAUUUUAAUUGUAAUCGUGGUCUUGUUCAAAAUGCUGAGAAGAGGUGUGGGAGACACAGCCCAAACAGAUGAAAAGCAUACGCUGGUGGUCAUUACAAGGUGUGUGGUCAUUUUGACUCCUUUAUUUGGACUGACCUGGUCUUUGGGAGUGGGAACCAUAUCAUCAACAAAUAAAGGAAUCCACAUCGCCUUUGCAUUCUUCAAUUCACUACAGGGUUUCUUCAUUUUAGUGUUUGGGACACUAUUUGAUUCAAAGAUCCGUUCUAUCCUCUCAAGGAAAUUACCUACAUCAAGCACAGGCUCUAAUCCAACAAGAAGUACAAGUGGUGGCAUUUCCUCUCUCAGUGGACUAAACUGGAUAAGUCGACUGCGCGGAAGAAGAUAUAUCUACCGUGUGUCAGAAGCCGCAAACUCAAGCAGCGCUGGUGCAUCGGAGUCAUUUGUCAAUAUAUGAAUUAACGCAACAAUCUGUACAUACACAAAUGAUUUCAUUAUUUCAAGAUUUUUCAGUACAUAAUCUAAAACUGUGUUUCGUAUGACAUAAUUAUGUUGACAUGAUCCUGUUCGAAUUAUAAUAUAAUUAGGGUUCAAACCGUGAAGCGGUAGAACCCUACUGAGUUUGUGUUGGUUUAUUAUUAUUAUUAUUUGUCUUAUGCCGCGGCUCAAAUUGCUGUGAGCUGCAAUGAGCUAGAAACACAAAACUUGGCCCAAUAACUGGAACUGAUGUGCAUGUGCUUCCACAGAAAUGAGCCCAAUCGGGCCACAUGGUUGUGCUGUAAUUAAGGCCCAAAAAUGCAAUUUUGAACAGGCUACGCCCCACACACCGUAAGUCCAAAGGACUUGAAAUUUCUCUCACAAGUCCAACUAAAUGUGCUCUACAAAAAAGCCGCUUGGACCAUUAAAGUCCACCAUGAUGGAUUAUUUUGCAAAAUUGCAUAAUGUGAAAAACUAAUGAAUAAUUUUUGAAUUUUAACACUAUCAACACCAAUGUUUUUAUACAGCAUCGCUGGACUGAGAUAAAUGUUUCGAUCAUAAAUGAGCAAGAUCGGUAAAAAAAUGGCUGCCAUCAACCAACAUAUCUUUGCCAAGGGCUUGGCUUAGCACAAAAUUGGUCAUAACUCAUUAACAACUUGUCCAAUCAUCACAAAUCUUGGGAGAUACCUUCACUCUGUGUUUGGGAAUAGGUGUGCCAAAGCAUUUUGAGCUCGACCCAUAGGGGUCACCACAAAUGCCAAAAAACUGUACCUCAAAACCCGUUGGACAGAAUUUCACCAAAUUUGGUGUGCAUGCUCUGGGGGUAAGUAUUAACCAAAAUCUAAAGUGCCAUAUUGACUGGUGAGAGUGGGCGUGGCCUAUCACAUACUUUAACUUAAGAUGCCUUUGAGCAAUCCUGAUUAAACAUACUGUAGACAUCGCUGUCUCCUGAACAUACAUAGCGAGUUUCGUUAAAAUCUGGUGGAUGGGGGGGCAAUGGCAGAACUUGAGUGCGCAGUUAUUGAAACGCUGCAGGCUUUGUGAUGAUGGAACAAGUGUGUGAUUGGUCUCACUCCUUUCAAACUGAAUUAAGUAAGCUGAAGUGACUGAUCGCUGCUGCCUGCGACUGCCAAUCAAGCUGCUUCCUUCUGUUGAGCGAAAAAAGGUUUUAACCCGCCCAUUGCCGCCUACAGUUAUAUUUCUAAAUGUAAUCAUGAUACCUAACAAUAUCAUCAUUCAUUUAACAUGGCUAUUGAUGCUAUUUUAUAACACUACAUUAUCAAAAUGAACAUUUCAAACUGCAAAACAACUUGAAAGUUAAUUUGUCUCUGUAUAUAAUAAGGUCAACUGGAAGUGUAAUCUUUUGGAUGCCUUAGUGUGUCAGGCCCUUGGAAGAGAGCGUGUCUUUAGACAGCGUGCUGAUAUAUUGGCAGAGACAGAUUAAUGGUUGUCACGGUUUAAUUUACCACGGGCUGUGCAACUCUGCAGACAGACACGUCGAUCCAAUCCUAUUCCCUUAAUUCCACUGCUGACGCUGUUAAAAAUGAUAGACUUUCAUUUAUAGAUCUCCGAAAGCAGGUCUUCAAUCUCCGAACUUGUAAAGUUCUUCUUUUUACUCUUCAAUGUCAUUUUCAUGAAUGAAGACUUCCUGACAUAUGGGGCAUAGCCUUAUAUGGUAUUAUUGGGGUGUUGAUUAUGCUAAUUUAUAAUUCUUAUGAACACGCACUUACAGAAGGCAUUCAUCAUGUUUACUUGGGUCAUUUACACAGUAAUCUGAAGUUAGGAGCGUUUGCUGACAUGGCACACUCAUACGAGCCCACCAUACAAAAAAAAAGUAAGAGAAAGUUAAGAUAAGAAUAUGAAAAUGAUUGUGCAUGAGGCCCAUUGUUCUGGUUAGCAGUGUCCUCUGCUAUUUUUAUAGUUUCACACAUUCAGUCAAAAACGAAACGGAUGUCUGAAAAAAAAGAAUGCAGCAGGAUUCAAGACAGUCUCAUGCACCAAAUGUAAAAAAGAGCCAAAGUGAAUAUUGGUUCACUACAUUUUUGUAUUGGUAAUGUUUUUGCUUAUAAUAAAAACUGUACCUGUGUAGAUAAACAAGUCUUAUCUUGUUAAUAAAUUCUCCAUGUAUACAUGUACACUGUUUGGAAAACAUUGUCAACUAACUGCUAGUUACUUAACUUACCACUUCUACUUAUGCUCAAUAAGUUACAUUUUGUUAAAUCACAACAUUUAAGUUGAAGUCCUGUAAUAGGAAAUCUCUUCUGCACAUUGGUGUGGAAAAGUAAAUUGAGUUUUGGUAGCGGUGUAGCUAAUCAAUAACACGUGCAAUGUCACAAGCAUAGCUCAGGCCCAACCAUCUUUGUUGUAGUUCACACAUAAUUCCAAUGCCCACCCUCCCCCACAGACAGCUGUAAUGUAUUUACAUUUCUGUAUUGUUAUUUAAAAUGCUUAUUCAACAUGUUGCCUAGGUUUAAUGUGCAUUGUGAUGGUAAAAAAUUAAAUUAAAGAAUGAAAAUUAAAUUUAAAAAAGAACUAAUACUGCAAUGAAAUAGAACUAUACUGUUCACUGGCCCAAAAAAAUAGCUCAUAAAAGAUUAACUUUGCUGUUAAAUGUUUUCAUUAAAAAUUUGUAAAUAAAAAUCAACAAGA